CUAACAACAGACAAAGCUUGACACACAGUGGAUUCCGCUGAAGACGCUGCUCUAAAGGCGUUUCUCGGUCGCUCUCUCAAUGGUCGAUAAAUGUGCUGUACCUGGAGCCGAGGGGAAAGGCCAGCUGAGCGGAGCAGUGGACAAAAUCAGGGUCCGGACAGGUUUUCCAGGUAGAGAGAGCGGGCUGAGCGUGCAGACAUGUCGGGACGCUCUGCUGCAGAGAUGGAUGACUCGCAGGAGCUGCCUGAGCUGCCGGCAAAGAAAGUCAAGCGUGAGCUCGACGGUGCACUGGAGAAAGAGCCGAGUAAUCUAGGUGGUGACGGGAGUCCAGCGGCCUCGUACUCUGCCCUGUCCACGGCCUCCCUCGAUCCAGGUGAUCAGGAACAGUCGGACCUGGAGCGAGGGGCAACCUCUCAAGAAUGUGCUGACUCAUUGAACCCGUACGCUCAUUCUGCCACAGACUCGACGGCGACACCUGAAUACACCCAACAGGUUUAUCAAGGAAGCAAUCCAUCAGUGACGUCAUAUACCAGUCAGGUGGCCUUUCCUUCUCUGGCCCAGUCCAGCGUGUACUCGACCUUCCCUCAGACGGGACAGACCUACGGCCUCCCGCCCUUCGGUGCUAUGUGGCCAGGCAUUAAAACAGAGACAGGGCUGCCUGAGGCGCCCUCUGGUGGCCAGCCUGGGUUUCUCAGCUUCAGCACCACAUAUACCUCAACCCAGCCAGGCCAGCUGCACUACUCAUACCCCAGCCAAGGCUCAAGUUUUACGACAUCUAGCGUGUAUUCAAACAUCCCCACAGCUACGGCCACCACCACGGCCUCCACCACUGUCGGCCAUCAGGAUUUCAGUAGCUACAACUCUCUGGGUCAGAGUCAGUUCUCUCAGUACUACAGUUUGCCUCCCAGCUACGUUCCCACUGGGCUGCCCAGCAGCGACGAGUCGGGCGCGGGUGUGGGCGUGGCCGGAUAUUCUGCGGUGAAGAUGGAGGAGGCGGCUUCAGCUGGACUUCCUCCCAGAGAUGCAUCCCCAACAGAAAUCCUCCCAGUAGGAGCUGCUCUGCCCGUCAGUGUAGCGCCCCCUGCUGGUGCCAGAGAACAGGACGAAGUUGGACACAGGAACUCUGUUGGUAAAUCCAAGGGCAAAGGCAAGAAGGCAGAAAACUCUCCACCAGCUGAAACUGACCUGGAGCGUGUUUUUCUGUGGGAUCUGGACGAGACCAUUAUCAUAUUCCAUUCACUGCUCACUGGCUCCUACGCACAGAAAUUUGGCAAGGACCAGGCGACUGUGCUGAACAUGGGGCUGCAGAUGGAGGAGCUGAUCUUUGAACUGGCAGACACUCACCUCUUCUUCAAUGACCUGGAGGAAUGUGAUCAAGUCCAUAUUGAGGACGUGGCCUCUGAUGACAAUGGACAGGACUUGAGUAACUACAACUUCUUGACGGACGGCUUUAAUGGUCCCAGUGGUGGAGGAGGCGUGGAGUGGAUGCGUAAACUGGCCUUUCGCUACCGUCGCUUAAAAGAGAUCUACAAUAGCUACAAAGGAAAUGUCGCAAGUCUGUUGAGUCCCAUGAAGAGGGAGCUGCUCGUGCGGCUUCAGUCUGAGAUUGAGAGCGUCACAGACGCCUGGCUCAGCACAGCACUCAAGUCUCUGCUGUUAAUCCAGUCCAGGGGGAAGUGUAUGAACGUGCUGGUCACCACCACUCAGCUCGUUCCAGCACUGGCCAAAGUUCUGCUGUACGGCCUGGGAGAAGUCUUCCCUGUGGAGAACAUCUACAGUGCAACCAAAAUAGGAAAGGAAAGUUGCUUUGAGAGAAUCGUCUCCCGCUUUGGGAAGAAAGUGACAUACGUGGUGAUCGGUGACGGUCGAGAUGAGGAGUUUGCAGCAAAACAGCACAACAUGCCGUUCUGGCGGAUUUCCACUCACGGUGACCUCGUGUCUCUGCACCAAGCGCUGGAACUGGACUUCUUGUAAAGGGAGAAGGUGGCGUUGAGUGUCGCACACUAAAAAGGGGAAAAUGUAUUCGUCGUCAUUGUCGUCCCGUUGGCUCAUGGAGCAGCACUGAGUGACAAAAUCCUCCACAACCCAGACUCCUACAAUAACCUGGCUCGUUAAAUCCACCGGCCCUGCUCCCUCUGCGACAACAACCAAUGACUCCCUGUGUGACGGCAAACUAUAAAUACUGAGACGGACUAUGGGUCGGAGCUGAAGGUGAGUAACAGACUGGCUGACUUCAGGUUCCUCACGUCCAGCGCUCCGUCCUGCGGCAGCUAAACCUGGCACUGACUUAGACACAGAAGGGAAAACUCUUUUUUGUUUUUACUCCUCCUCCUCAUCCUUGUCCUCGGUCUUUGUCCCACAUUUAUGAUUUCAAAAAAAAAAGAAUCUCCUGCAGUGAACACCAUCCUUCUUUUUGUUUUUCCUUUCUGGACACAAACAACCAAAGGACCUUUGUUCUGUUCUGGUUUUUUGGAGUCGUGUAGUUUGUAAUAAUCAUAUCAAAACUUGAAGGCAUUUUUUUUUUUUUAUUUGUGACCUCAUGUAGCCACUCCCAUAUUUAUCAUCAUGUGUGAGAUGUUUAAAGAUGAGAAAGUAAGGUAGGUGGAUCCUCCUUCACUCCUGACCUCCUCACUGUGUCUCAGCAGCCUGAGCACGUACAGUAAACACGUGACCUGCGGUCGGUGAAUCACAGGUUUAUAUAUGGAUGAGCUGCUGGGGGAAAAAAACGCACCACCGUUUUAUCAUCAUCCACCAUUUAUUUCAACACUUUUGCAUUAAAUGCGAGAAUUAUAUACAAUUUAAAUUGAGUGAUGGUGUGCUGUAUACACGCUUGGAAUUAAAGUCCAGUGUGUAAAAUCUUUGGUCAAAUCUUUUUCAUUUGGUAGAAAUGAUUAAUAAUUAAUUGUACUUCAUUUUUGAGGCUCUACGGAGUCCACAAUGGACAAACCAGAGCUCUUUUGAGUUUUGAUGCUUACCGAAGGCUACACAAGUUCAACAACACACUUGGAAGGAAAGAGCGAGGUGAGGAAUAGUUGAAUACAACGUUAAACGUCACCAAUAACUUUUACACACUACCUUUAAAAUCUAAUGUAAAAACGUGCUUCAAAAUGGUGCCCUGAUAUAAAUAGAAAAAGGCAAAUACUGUGGUAAGAUUCAGGUGGUUGUAAGCUUAUUAAACAAAUAUAAUUAUUUUAUCUUCAAAUGAAAGUCAUUUCUCCUAAAUCUUACACACUGUACCUUUUAAAUCCUAGGGCAUAAACAUGAACCCUGAAUGAAAUGAAACCAGAAAUGUUUAAUUGCUGCAUUUCAGUGUCAUUUACCACAAAUCAUUUUGUUUACAAAACUCAAAUUAUCGCAGUUUUUUCCCCCCGGUUAUUGUUUGUAUUUGUGUAACGGCUGCCACUAUUUUCAAAUUACCAGUGAAAUAUUCUUGUCAAAAGCUGCAGUAGUUAAACAAUGAUCAGUAAUUGGUUUUAAUGAAUGGACGUCAAAUACAUUUGUUGACUCGUAGAUUAAAAUGAGUUUAUUAAAACUUACAUUUACAGCUUUAAAUUUUCGCAAUGUGGCCGCGUGGCGACACAAACUUGCUGAGUCGCAUUAGAGGAGUUGUGUUUUUUUUGUUUAGUGUUUUUUUUUUUUUUACAGUGCAAUACAUUUCGACUCUUCUCAUUAACUGUAUUUCAAAGGGAUUUUUUUUUUUUUUCAUUGUUAUUGGACGGUGAAGGAAGGGGGGAAAGUGGGAGGAGUCAACUUCCUGGGUCUGUAUGAGAUUGCGACUGAACAAUACUGAGCCUGAAGAUUUAUUUUUUUUCCUUUGUUUUUCGGUAUUUUACCUAUAAUAUGCAGCUUGACCGUUACGAAUGUGUAUUUCUGUUGUGUGUGCGUGUGUGUGACUGUUUGUAUUUAUAUCGUGCCUUUUAACCACCACGUUUAAGGGAAAAAAAACGUAAGAGUUUUUGUUGAAAACAUUUAUCACUGCGUUGUUAUAUUAUCCAAAGUGUUAUCUUCUUUUAACCCCUUUUUUUUGUUAUGUUAGACUUUUUUUUUUGAUUGAACUAUCCUGUAUGCACUGUAUUUAAAAAGGUCUCUGGAAAAAAAAAGAAAAGCUUUCUGUUGAUUUUCUCUGCGUUUUUUCAAGAAUAGAUAAUCCCAAUUUAUUUCUUUUUACAUAUAUAAUUUCUUUAAAACAAAAAUCUUUGCUUUUUAUUUGCUCUUUUUUAAAAGGAGCUUGCGUUUUUGUUGUUGCGGUGACAACGCUGUAUCGCUUAGAGACAAUCGUGAUCUGUAAUUAUACAUGGUAUCUUUUUUUUCUUUUUCUUUUUUUAAAUGCAGGUCAGGUGAUGUCAGAGGAAGGCGAGUUUUUUUGGGACUGUGUAAACUCAAGUGACCUGUGGGCCACUGAGCAUCUAGUCUGGUCAGUAGGUCGUCUAUCAAGUGAAGAAAAAUCGAAUUUUUCGGUCGGGUUGGGUAAUUACGGCGUAAACUUAUAUCAUAUCACAAAAAACUACGUUUGUGACAAUAUUUCCACAGAUUUUCCAAAAUAAUAGUGUUUUUGAUAUAAAAACACAUUUAUGAUUCAAAAUUAUCCAUAAAUAAAGUCAUCGAAGUCAGUUGUUCCCAAAGACUAGGUUGGGACCUACGGAUGGGUCGCAGAACAUUGUUGUUGGGGGGCCCCCCAACCUUUUAGUUGAAAUCUACAAGUAUACGUUUAAAAUGACAGGGAUGAAAUUAAGUUGUAAUUAAACGUCUAAUUGGAAGUUAUUCAUAGACCUUUCCGAAAUUUUAGAUGAUACACAUUAGUCGCUGCAUUAGGCUUUAAGUUGCUUGUUGCUCGUCAUGAUUUAUAUUACGAUUUGGGUCACAUGGCAUCAUGCAGGCCGCGAGGUUGACACCUCUGAUGCUCUUUUAGUUUUUUUUUUUUUUAAAGCAUUAAUCGUCCAUUAGAAAAACAAACCACGCAAUAUUCAAGGGGCGAAAAAUUCUUCAAACGUGUUUGCUUUUUUCUUUCUGAUGCCAAAUAACUCACAAUGCUGUCUAAGUGUUUCAUCUCAUCUUCAAGGACCCGUGAGGAUACGCUGAGUCAUGUUAGGAGCUGAGCUGUUAUCGUCAUAAUCUCUGCUUAUUUAACUCCACGCGUCACUAUUUUCACAGUCAUGUUGUGAACCAAACACUCGGUUCAAUGUAAAUAAAUUUUAGAGUUUCAGACGCAA